AACGUCCUGGGUCACGAUAACGUCUCUCAGUCAGCCUAUAUAAGCAGCAGAAAGUUUUCCGAACACCAAGCAAAACAUAACUUCGGCCUCUGACCAACAACAGACGAGAAACGUGCCGUUUUCCUUUGCGUAAAAAAGUGCCAGACAUGGAGAGGUCAGUCAGGUUUGCCGUAGUGUGCGUCGGAGUGUCUCUGCUCAUCUCCUGCCAUCCAGUCGAAGCCUGGUACAAGCAGUCGACCGGACCCAGUUACUACUCGGUGGGUCGCGCCUCCGGUUUGCUGUCCGGUAUCAGGAGGUCGCCUUACGUCCGGAGGUCCGAGUCCGAGGAGACGCUGGUGGACAGCGGGGAGACUGCAGGUAGCAACGUGAUUCCAGAGAUUAACAGGCAGAUCUCCAUCCUCAAAAGCAUGGCCAUCUGUGUCAAAGACAUUUCUCCAAACCUGAAGAGCUGCGAGCUGCUGCGGGACGGGACGGGCACCUUCCAGUGUAAGGCGGACGUCUUCCUCACCCUGGACUCCCUGGACUGCCUGUCCGCGUGAGUCCCGGUCGGACCGGCGGAGACAGUCCUGGUCAUCCACCGAGCCCCGGCAGUGCUUCUCUUGAAACGAAAAAAAUGGAGGAAAUGAAAGAGGGAUGAGUGUGUGGGGGGUGAUAACGCAGAGGACAACCCGGUCACUGUCGACGAUGGAUCGCUGCAGACUCUGAAUGUUCUCUUAUUUAAAAACAAGUUUUGCUUUGGUUGUGUAGAAAAGAAAUGUUAGUUGAUCUUCUUUCCGGAUCCUUUACUGUUUAACCCACUGACAUGUACUCUCCGUUGCCAAAAUGUAUUAAAUGUCCAGAAAGUAAACUGCAGAGCAGAUUUCCUGGAAAGUACUUUUAUUUAUUUUAUCUAUUAAAAUGAACAAACACUGGUAACCGG